GUGUGUGUGUGUGUGUAACAUCCCACUGAGACAUAAAAGCCUGCAAAAGCUGGACAACAACUCUUCUUCCCUGAAACUGCAUUUGAGCUCUACACAACAAACCAAGUGUACACUUGAGGUUCAUAUAAACACGUUUUUCAGAGUGUCAGUUUAUCGGUGAUGGACGCAUACUGCAGCAACAAUGUUCUUCAGGCCAGGAGAGCCGUGGAGCAGCUCAGACUAGAGACGGAACUACAGAGAGUCAAGAUUUCCGCAGCAGCAGCACAGCUGGUCCAGUACUGUCAGGAUCACCGGAGAGCAGAUCCACUGCUGACCGGCAUCGCCGCGUCCUCAAACCCGUUCAGAGACAAGAAGACGUGCGUGCUGCUGUGAACAGCCCUGCUUCUCUACAGCGCUCAGAACGACUGCUUCACAAACCCAACUCAAUUAUCAAAUUGAACAUUU